CAAACGACGAGAUAUGUGUGGUUCCUUUUUCACUGAAAUCUACCUAUCUUUGUACGACAGACCGGAAGAGUGUUACAGUAACGAUACAGUAUGUAUAGGACCAUAAGCAUGUAUACAUUGUAUAUAUCGGCGGAUAUGAUGGAAAUACAUCCGCUAGUAUCCACUAAUAUCCAAAGUAGUCAACGUUAGGUGUCCUUUAACUUAACGAGAACGUUAGCUAGCCGGCGAUAUUCCUAGCUACGUGUGCGCAUGUGCGUUGUGCCAUUGGUCGUAACGGCUUCAUCUUGACCGGAGAAGUUGAAGUGUGUAUCUUUGUAAAAAAGUUUCAGUUUGCGUAAAGUCACAGGCAAGAGGACUUCGGGGGGUAACAGAGACGUUAACGUGUAACAGGUGGCGCAGAAAAACAAAGAGGGCCACACUUUCAUUAGACGACGACGACGACGACCUGGCAGCAGUUUUCUUUGUGUGUGAAGAUGAGGCUAAACGGUGUGCUAGUGUGCGUGCUCCUGCUUUGGGCUGAAGGCUCGUUGGGUGACACACCGGCCAACUGCACUUUUGAGGACCUGCAGGGGACAUGGGUGUUCCAGGUGUCCAAAGGCGGACACGACAAGACCGUCAACUGCUCCGCUAAAGCUACAGGUGAGGGCACAGUGACUGUGACCCUGGAGAAACUGUCUGUAGCCACAGAUGAGCUGGGAAACACCGGCUUCUUCACCCUCAUCUACAACCAGGGCUUUGAAGUGGUCAUUAAUGGGUACAAGUGGUUCGCCUUCUUCAAGUACACUGAUGACAGCUUUAAGGUGACCAGCCUCUGUGACCAGACCGCGCCAGGGUGGGUCCACGAUGUCCUGGGACACAACUGGGCCUGUUUUGUGGGGAAGAAGGUGAAAUCGGUAUCGCCCCGAAUAGAUUAUAAACCAGUCUUCAUCAGCAGGCUGCUCCAGAAGCCGUACAAACACAACCUGGACUUCAUUGAUGCCAUCAACUCUAUUCAGACAUCCUGGAAGGCUGUGGCCUACCCAGAGCAUGAGACGUACACUCUGAAAGAGCUGCACAACCGAGCAGGAGGCCCCGCCUCCCGUAUCCCCAUGCGUGUUCGCCCUAUGCCUGUGAAAGCUGAUUUUGCUAAGAUGGCAGCAGCUCUACCCGCGCACUGGGAUUGGAGGAACAUUGACGGCGUCAACUUCAUCAGCCCUGUGAGAAACCAAGCAUCGUGUGGAAGCUGCUACUCCUUUGCCACGAUGGGAAUGUUGGAAGCUCGGGUUCGAAUCCUCACCAACAACAGCAAGACUCCCAUCUUCAGCCCCCAACAAGUGGUCUCCUGUUCUGAAUACUCUCAAGGUUGUGAUGGUGGCUUCCCUUACCUGAUUGGGAAGUAUGUGCAGGAUUUCGGCAUUGUAGAAGAGUCAUGCUAUCCGUAUAUUGCAAAGGACUCUCCGUGUGGCGUUCCUCAAAACUGCGGCCGCAUGUACACCGCAGAAUACAACUAUGUCGGUGGAUUUUAUGGCGGCUGCAGUGAGAUGGCCAUGAUGUUGGAACUGGUAAAAAAUGGACCAAUUGGAGUGGCCUUUGAGGUCUACCCUGACUUUAUGAACUAUAAGGAGGGCAUCUACCACCAUACGAGCCUCGCAGACCCCUUCAAUCCCUUCGAGCUGACCAACCAUGCCGUGCUGUUGGUGGGCUACGGCCGCUGCCACAAGACCGGACAGAAGUACUGGAUUGUCAAGAACAGCUGGAGCACGGGCUGGGGCGAGGACGGCUAUUUCCGAAUCCGCCGGGGCAGCGACGAGUGUGCCAUCGAGAGCAUCGCCGUCGCAGCCAACCCCAUCCCCAAACUGUAGAGGCUGUGAACCAAGGAGGAAAGUAAUGAGUUGCCCGUUUGAUGCCAUGCAUGUAGUAGCAUGGCAGUCUACACAUUGUUUUAAUUUUUAACAAUGUUUUUUUUAUAUUUCAACAAUUGCUAAUUAUCUGCCUAUUUGAAUUCAAGCUGUAACUGCCGGCUCAAGUUUCGGAUCAAAAUGCAUCGGUCCAUAUUGUGAAAUCCUGAUUUUAAAGGGAACUGGUAACAGAAGUCGGUGUCUGUGACUGCGUGCCAGGUGCAGAACCUUAGUUCUUUGUCUCAGGGAAGCGACGGUGGAGAGUUGUAAUAUAUUCUGUCCUUGCAUCAAAUCGAAACCGACACUGCCAUGUUUUUCCUGUGAGGCACUUUGAAUGAGCUCCCUGUGGAGCAUUUUAAAAGGGAAUUCUCCAAUAAAGGGAUGUAACUCAU